AACCCUAAUACUAACAUGUUGAACACGGUAACUCCAAACCCUGACCUCACCAGCACCCUCUCUGCCCUCAAAGCCCUAAUCCACCAAUCCGAAACCGCCGUAACCUCCACCCACAACCUCCUCCACCACCAUUGCUUAGCCGCUCUCAGUCCGUGCCCCUUCGACCCACGCCACCGCAUGCCGCCGGAGUUCCUCUUCCGGCACCACCUCCGAUGCCCUUCAUCACAUUUUCCUCCUCUCGACCCCUCCAUUCUCCAAUCCCUUCGCUACCCCAAAACCCUCCAAUCCCAAAGCCCAAAUUCCUUUCUGCAACCCCUUCGUGACUCCAAUUCCGAACUAUGCUUCUCCCUGGACCAGUUCGGGGAUUUCGGAUCGAAUUUCUUCUACCGGGAUUGCCCUGGAGUGGUGGAGCUCGAUAGCCCUCAUAGGACUUUGACUCUUCCUGGAUUAUUAUCAGUUGAAUGUGCAAAUUUUGUUGGUGUUGGCGAUGAUGGAAGAAUUGGAGGGGCUUCUAGGGAGUGUGUUAGGCUUCUUCCAUCAGAGCUGUGGGAAUUUAGAAGGGAAAUUGGGCUGUGGAAUGAUUUCCCGAGUUCGUAUUCCUACGCUGUACUUCGGGUGGUUUUGUGUGCGGAAAUGGUCAAAGAGGGUGAUUUCUUGAAGUGGGUGAUCGCAAAUUCGCCUUGGUAUGGUGUUGUGAUUGAUGUGGCUAUGAGGGACCAUAUAUUUGUGCUGUUUAGGCUUGUUUUGAAAGCAAUUGUAAGGGAGGCGAUUUCUUGGGAUGUGAAGGGGAAAGGUUUGGAGAUGAAUUCAAAAACUAUGAGUUUAGAGUGUCCCAAUUUGGUUCAAGCAAUGAUGUGGUUAGCUUCUCAAAUCUCUGUUUUGUAUGGUGAAGCGAAUGGGAAGUUCUUUGCUAUAAACAUGCUUAAGCAAUGCCUAUUCAAUGUGGCAUCAGGGUUGGUGUUGUUUGCAUUGGAGGAAAAUGUGAGUGUAUCCCCUGCUUCAAAACAAGUUUCUGGGAAUGUCGAUGCUGAUGUCAAUAAUAUCAGGAAUGCUAAACUUGAGCCACCUCAAAUGGGUACAGAGUACUAUGAAAGGGCAAUUUUUGUGUCCCAAGUAGCAGCGGCAGUUGCAGCAUUGCAUGAAAGGUCCUUACUGGAACAAAAGAUCAAGAGUUUGCGACUUUCUCAGCCAAUUCCAAGAUAUCAGCUGAUGGCUGAGCAUGCUUGUUUGACAGCAAGAGCUGAUGAAGAACGUAAAAACAAUCCCAACUAUAAACCUAUACUCGAACACGAUGGGCUUCUUUGGCAGCGAUCACGUAACCAGGAAUUGAGUAAGACUAGGACAAGAGAAGAGCUAUUGGCUGAAGAAAGGGAUUACAAACGCCGAAGAAUGUCAUAUCGUGGCAAGAAGUUGAAGCAAACAACAACAGAGGUGAUGAGGGAUAUAAUAGAAGAAUACAUGGAGGAAAUCAAGCAGGCUGGAGGGAUAGGAUUCUCUGUGAAGGGAGCUGAAGAGGGAAAUGUACCUCCAUCCAAACUACUUUCUCCUCAUGAUUCAUCGAUAGACACUUAUGAGCUGGAAAAAAUUAUGCACACUUCAUCUGAAUCAAGAGGAGGCUCACAAGAUCUCAGGAAAGAAUUACCUUCUGAUUAUAAAGUCAGAUCUACAAGAUCUGAUGAUUCUUAUUCUGAUGAUCAUGAGCAGCAUAGAAGAGUAUCACAUGGGUAUGAUGGGAAUCUGGAAUAUCAUAAAAAAAGCUUCAGUAGGGAUAAACAUGAUAGGGAAUACAAUCCCAGAAGCUCAGAAAGGAACAGAAGUGAUGGGCGGUCACAUGAACAGACUAGGCAUAGGAGCAAGCGAGGUGAUGCUGAAGUGACUAGGGUCAAGCAACAUGAACCAUCUUCCAGCAUGCCCAAAUAUCGAGAUAAUAGAGCAUUUUCAUCUGUAUCAAAACGUGUGAAUGAUUCCACCAUGGAAAGAGAUGAUAGAAGAUCAGAAGCUAAAGAUAGAUGGAAGAGGAAAUCAUAUGGAAACAAUUUAUCAGAAUCAAUGGUCCAAAACUCAUUUGAUGAUAGGUACGAUCCUUCAGCAUCUGAUGAUAUACAUGAGAAUGAUAUUUCCUCUUGAAGCAAGUGCGUCAAGCCAGACAAAUUAUAUAGAUGAAAUGGCAUUGCGAAUUUCAAUUACCAGCUGAAUGACUAACCAGCAAAAAGAACAUUAAACCCUCAGUAGUUCUUUCACAAUUUUGGUAAGAAGCAUUCAGGCUUCAGCAGUUUUAUCUACAUCUGUAUCCUUCUUUGUAUCCUCAACUAUUUUACUUUGUUUGUUCAUGCAAACCUUGUCAUCUUGUUAAUAGUUGUUUGUUCUUUUACUCCUUUCCACUCUUGGGAAAUCAUAACAAUAGACUUCAAUCAGCCUUUCUGAACAUGAAUAUCUCUCCCUUUAUUUUAACCAAGGAUUUAAAAAGUUGCUUGCACUUGCCUUGAGGCUUCUAAAAUUACAUAAUGGUUUUGUUAUCAUGAGGCAAGGCAUAGUGAAAGGUGCACCUCUUAUACCUUUUCUGGUGAAUCUCAUUAAGCACUCGAUGUGACUCAAUCGCCAACUUUUUUCUUUUUAACUUUUAAGAUUGCAACAACUUCUGCCUCUUUUGCUCGAGAAACCAAGAAGCUGGUGGGUCUCCGGUCAUGCCAUGGCUUUGGUAUCUUCAUCUCUGCUCUCUGUCACGAUACAGAUGUAAGUAGGGCUUAAAUGGGCGAUAUUUAGCUUCUUCUCUCACAAAUUACACAAAUGGAGGAAACAGGCUUUCUUAUAUUUUCCAGGUAUGGGAACAAUGUUUUAGUGGAAUAAGUUGAUUUGAUUUUCGUAGUUAACAAAGAAUAGGUUCAUAUUUGUAGCAUUUUUCUCUUUGUGAUGAAGGUUGUUGGGGUAGGAAGAGAAUGAAACCAACCAACCUUCAACAAGUUUGAUCUUGCCUUUUUUCAUUACUAAUCUCUACACACUAAACUCAGAAGAAAUCAUCUGAUUUUGAUGAAUUUUUGGCACUCUCUUGAGAAGCAACUUUGCUUGGUAAACCUAUUUACAUUGAGGGGAUGUUUGGAACCUUGAAGAUUGAUUUUAGGAAUGGACAUAGGAAUCAAAAGUUUGUUGUUGUGGAA